CACACCCAAUACCUUGCCUGGAAUCCGCGUCCACGAGGCGAGCGCGAGAGGUCGCACUCUGACGCCACGCAACGCCGGGCGCCACCCGUCACCGCUACCGUGCCCCCGUAACCCGCGGACGCACACGAUUCUUGCUCGAUUUGGCCGGCCUCCUCCGUUUGCGUGUCGUCCUAAUAACUAACUGCUUCACUCUCUCACUGCUCCCCUCUCCCUCCUCUCGCUUUCCGGUCCCUGGCUGACACACACAUUAGCUCCUGCUGAUCCGAGCAAAGAUCCGUCCAUGGAGGCCGAGUCGAGAAAGCUCCUCCUGCUCUGCCUCUGCUGCUUCGUCUUCCUCGCCACAUCGGGCGCGCAGCCGCACAUCGGCGUCAACUACGGCGAGGUGGCGGACAACCUGCCGCCGCCGGACGCGACGGCGAAGCUGCUCAAGUCCACCGCCAUCACCAAGGUCCGCCUCUACGGCGUCGACGCGGGUCUCAUCCGCGCGCUGGCCGGCACGGGCGUCUCCCUCGUGCUCGGCGUGGCCAACGGCGACAUCCCCGCCAUCGCCGCCGACCCCAACGCCGCCUCCGGCUGGCUGGCCGCCAACGUGCUGCCGUUCGUCCCGGCCUCGUCCAUCUCCGUCGUCGCCGUCGGCAACGAGGUGCUCGAGUCCGGCGACGCCGCGCUCGCCGCCGCGCUGCUCCCGGCCAUGCAGAACCUCCGCGCCGCAGCCGUCGCGGCCGGCGGCGCCGCCGCCGGGAUCGGCUUCUCCACCGUCAACACCAUGGCCGUGCUCGCGCAGUCCGACCCGCCGUCCGCCGGCGCGUUCCGCGCCGACGCGGCCGCGCAGCUGCAGCAGAUCCUGGGCUUCCUCAGCCGCACCGGCGCGCCCUUCAUGGUCAACCCCUACCCCUACUUCGCGUACCAGUCCGACCCGAGGCCCGACACGCUCGCCUUCUGCCUCUUCCAGCCCAACGCCGGCCGCGUCGACGCCGGCUCCAGGAUCAGGUACGCCAACAUGUUCGACGCGCAGGUCGACGCCGUCAAGUCGGCGCUGGGCCGCGCCGGGUACGGCGCCGUGGACAUCGUGGUGGCCGAGACCGGGUGGCCGACCAAGGGCGACCCCGCGGAGGCCGGCGCCACCGUGGACAACGCCAGGGCCUACGUUUCCAACCUCGUCGCGCACCUCGGGUCCGGCGCCGGCACGCCGCUCAUGCCGGGGAGGCCCGUGGACACGUACCUCUUCGCGCUCUACGACGAGGACCUCAAGCCCGGCCCGGCGUCCGAGCGGGCCUUCGGGCUCUACCACACCGACCUCACCAUGGCGUACGACGCCGGCCUCACCUCGUCCGGCUCCGGCGCGGCCACCACGCCGACGACGCCGACGACGCCGAGCAAGGGGUCGGGGUCCGGGUGGUGCGUGGCGAGCGCGGGGGCGACGGAGGCGCAGCUGCAGACGGACAUGGACUACGCGUGCUCGCAGGUGGGCGUGGACUGCGGCGCCAUCCAGCCCGGGGGCGCGUGCUUCGAGCCCAACACGGUGCGCGCCCACGCCGCCUACGCCAUGAACCAGCUCUACCAGGCCGCCGGCAGCCACCCAUGGAACUGCGACUUCCGGCAGUCCGCCACCCUCACCUCCACCAACCCCAGCUACGGCUCGUGUGUCUUCACCGGAGGCCAAUGAUGCAAUGCAACUCAACUCAAAAAAUUCUUCCGGCCGUGAUGGUGCGGUGAGCGCCAUGAUUGGAUCGAAUCAUCAUCGAGUAAAGCCACGAAACAGUGGGCGGUGGUUGUGCGCGGGAUGCGUUGCUGCAUACGCAUCGCAUCCCCCAUGUUUUCAUUUCGUUUCAUUCCAUAUAUCCUUGCAGCCGAGCAAUUCUUUUUAGAUCUAGAGAUGGCGUGUGCUGUACGAUGUACACGCCCAAUCCUUUUCUACCUGCCUUGGUCUUGGUGUGUACUGUACAAUGUACAUGGGUGGUGUGUGGUGACGAGCUUUGUGUGCUUCGUGCGUGUGUGUGUGUGUGUGUUUGUGUGUACGCCCGUAACUUGGAUUGCUGGUAGAGUGUUGUACGUAGUAUUAUUUGUUCGGCGUUCAUGUGUAAGCAUUUGACAUUGAGCAAUUGGAUCUUGGUGCCUGAAUCA